AUGGAAGCCUUUACUUUACUCAAGUUCCGCCGCGGCAGCAGCAGCGGUACUGGUACUAGUUUCUUCACUGGCAACUUGACUUCCAAACCAAGAACCGUCACCACUUCCUCCUCCGCCACAGCCCUGAAGCCGCCUUCAGACACUGACGACGCCGCCGAUGAUGGUCCAUACUUUGACCUGGAAUUCACCCUCCCAGACGAGGAAGAAGAAGCUAAAAUCCAAGACAAUGAAGAUGAAUCUGAAGAAUCAGAGGAUGAAAAUGAUGAUCAAGAAGGAGAGUUGAAGUUUGAGCUCAGUAAGGAUCAAAAUGUAAUUUUAUCUCCUUCGGAUGAUCUCUUCUUCAAAGGCCAUUUGCUUCCCAUUGAGCCUUCAAGCAUUUUGUUGAAUUCUUCUGAAAAUAACUCGAAAUUCCCUGCGGCUUUAGUAAAAUCAGCCACCAAAUUUCGGGUUCUUCUUUUGAAGCUCAAGAAAUCGAAAUCAGAGAAAAAUGAGGCUAAUGGGCAACCAAAAACUCAAGAAAAUGGUAAAGAAAAUCAGACUAAAAUACAAGGUAACAAGUUUUUCUUCGUGAAGUUUAAGGUCGAAGAAGUCCCCAUUGUCUCUUUGUUCACCAGAGAUAGCAGCUCAAAGGGUAAUAACAAGGAUGGCGGAGGGCAGAAAAAUGAAGUGGAGGAUAAGGACUCAAAUGAGAAAAAAUUAACUAAAGAGACGGUACAGAAGUAUCUGAAAAAGGUGAAGCCUUUGUAUAUUCGCGUUUCAAAGCGUUAUGGAGAGAAGUCGAAGAUUGCAGGUCAUUUAAGCUUCCCCGAAGGAGAAACCAAGGAUGAUGCAGCACCAAUGCCACUGUGUGCUGCGGGGGAGAAAGGAGGAGAAGGGGCAGCAUUGAGCAACGUGAAAAGCCAGAAACAAGGGAAUAAUCUGCAAGCAGGGCUUAAAGUCGUUCUUAAACAUUUGGGAAAAAACCGAUCUGAAUCGUCUUCGUCGGCACCAGCUCCGGCUCCUGCGCCUGAACCGCCGGCGAAUAUUUCAUCAAAUCGGCGAGAUGAUUCGCUUUUGCAGCAGCAUGAUGGGAUUCAAGGUGCCAUUUUACAUUGCAAGCGAUCAUUCAAUGCCUCCAGAGAAAUGGAACCGUUCGUUUUACCACGUUCCGCGAGUGAUCCAUCACAUGAGAAGUCAGUAAAUUUGUCUGCUGCAGAUUCACCAGAGGAAGCCAAGUAUGGUAAAUAA